AUGGCCCCCAUUUCUCCAGUCCACUGGAAAGCAUACAUGGAACAAAUCGGCCAGUAUGCAUCCGGUGAACGCGACUACACGCAAAUCAAAGGUGGCACCGGUCCAUUGGUAUAUCCAGCAGCGCAUGUAUGGAUAUACUAUGCCUUGUGGUGGAUCACUGAUCAUGGACGUGAUAUACUUGUUGCGCAGCGGAUAUUUGGGGUCUUGUAUCUGGGAACUUUGGGUGUGGUUUUGGCUUGCUAUAGGAGGGCUAAGGUUGGUUAA